AUGCCCGAAGUUAUUGAUCUCACUGACCUGCCCUCUGAUCUCGAAGAAGACCCCGAACAAUCUCCGCCUCCGUACCCUGAUGAGGAAGACGAGGGCAGCAUCCCACGCGAGGAAACUCGCCCUCAGCUACUCGAUGCCAUACAAACCGUACCUGAACAGCGCCUGCGCCAGCUCGUGACGAACUUGGUGUAUACUCUGCCAGCAGCAGAGCAAGCCUUGACGGACGAGUUAGUCGUCGUCCGCAAACGAACGCGGGAGGUCGCAUCGCGUUGGGAGGUCUGUGACCACUGCGACGAAGAGUUUGAUGUGGGAACAAAGAGGAGGCAAGGGGAGUGCCAAUAUCAUCCAGGAGACUUGGAAGUCAAUUAUGAGGCUUUCGUCGACUGGGAUCCCGAUUGCCAUGGUCCGGAGGAUACGCCACAAAACCGACGGGAUUUCCCUGAGAAUUUCCAGUGGAACUGUUGUGACGAAGAUGGGACAGUUCGCGGUUGUGAAAAGGGUGUUCAUGUUCCCUUAGAGCAUAAAAGACGAAGGUCCUGA